AUGAUUAUCGCUGAAUCAGGAUGGAUUCCGAUUCUUGUUGGUUUAUUAACAUCCGAAGAUCUUACUACAGAAGAGAACUUAAACCUCUCGGUAUACGAUAACAACAGAGGAUUAAGAAUGAUGGAAAACGCGAUACCUUCUCUUGUUCAACUUCUCAGAUCUGGAACCAUGGAAACGAUUCCGAGAAGCAAUGAGAAUGCUACUUCGAUUUUGCUUUCGUUGUGUAAGCGAGACAAUGAGAAUAUUGGAUGUGUGAUCAGAAUCGGGGCAUUGACGCCAUUGAUGGAGCUUGCUGUGAAUGGUAGUGAGCGAGGUAGACGAAAGGCUAACUUGUUGUUCGGCUCAUAUUGA